AUGGCAAGAAACACAGAUCCAGUUUGCAAGAUCUGCAAAUCACAAGGCGAGAAGCUCUUCCUAAAGGGCGAACGCUGUUACACGCCCAAGUGUGCAGUCGAUCGUUCGCGGGACAGCUCUGGUCGCCGAGGUGCGUCGGGACCCCCAGGCGGACAACGUCGUCGUCGUCGGUUGUCUGAUCACGGAAUCCAACUUCGGGCGAAACAGAAAGCUCGGCACAUCUACGGUAUCUACGAAAAGCAGUUCCGCGGAAUGUUCGACGAAGCUGCCCGACUCGAAGGUGUCACGGGUGUCAAUCUGCUCAAAUUACUGGAGCGGCGACUCGACAACGUGGUCUACCGCGCAGGUUUUGCGACCUCGCGACCUCAGGCACGCCAAGCCGUCAAUCACGGACACAUUCAAGUCAAUGGCCGCAAGGUCGACAUUGCCUCGUUCAUCGUCAAACCUGGCGAUGUAGUGUCUUGGCGCGAACCAUCAAAGAGUUCGGGCCUCUACAAGGCAGCCAACGACAAUGUCGGCCGACGUCGGCAAGCUACAAACUGGAUAACGGUCGAUUCCGAGAACCUGACGGCAGCGAUCGACUCGACUCCAAAUGAAGAUGACGUCGACAGCACGAUCGAUACCCGAUUGAUCACGGAAUACUACUCAAGGAGAUAG